CCUGUUGUUGAUACUGAGGAUAAUGAGGGAAAAUGAAAAGAUUGCAUAUUGUCAAGAGAAAAAGUCCUAGGUGUCUGAAGACUUAAGAGAAGGCAAAAAAGAAAUGGAAGAUGAGUAUCUUGACUCUCCUGCCUGGUACCCUGGAUCAAAGGAUGUUUCUCUGACGGUUGGCUUAUGAGUAGAUUUUCCUCACAUAGCCUCUUGUUCCUUUAACCAUCCUGUUUGACUCAAGAAGACCUUUAGGCUUGAGCCUGCAAAAAUUCCUGAAAUAACUGUUCACCUCCAUCUGGGCCUCAUCUAGGUCUAUCUCAUGGACCAUAAAAGGAAGAACAGCAAGAUUCCUCCUGGCAAUCUCUCUCGAUGUUCCGUUCCUUGACGUGAGCACUAAGACCAGGCAAAGGCUCUGAGUCAUGUCGGGACGCGGGAAGCAAGGCGGCAAGGCGCGCGCCAAGGCCAAGACGCGCUCGUCGCGGGCCGGUCUGCAGUUCCCGGUGGGCCGCGUGCACCGCCUGCUGCGCAAGGGCAACUACUCUGAGCGGGUCGGGGCCGGCGCGCCCGUGUACCUGGCGGCCGUGCUCGAGUACCUGACGGCCGAGAUCCUGGAGCUGGCGGGCAACGCGGCGCGCGACAACAAGAAGACGCGCAUCAUCCCGCGCCACCUGCAGCUGGCCAUCCGCAACGACGAGGAGCUCAACAAGCUGCUGGGCCGCGUCACCAUCGCGCAGGGCGGCGUCCUGCCCAACAUCCAGGCCGUGCUGCUGCCCAAGAAGACCGAGAGCCACCACAAGGCCAAGGGCAAAUAAGCUGUUGACUUUUCACAGGCCUCUUUUUUCCUGAUCAAAAAAAAGCCUACCUAACUACUUAAAAAGGCUCUUUUAAGAGCCACCCACAGGUUCCUUUGGAAGAGCUGUCGUGCUUUUGGACUGUUAGGAGUGUUUAAAAACCUGGGGGCGGGGAGAGUGAAAUGUCACAAUAUCCCUGGGAAAGCUUUUCCCCAUAGAAAUUCUUUGAACAGUUUUGGGAGAAGACCAACACGGGAAUUUAGUGUAAAUGUUGCAAACCCCAUUAGCUGUGUUUAGCCACGUCGUGUGUGUUAAUUUCUAGUCCAGUAGAAACGGGCAUUGAUGUAUUCCACAGAUGAAGUUGCAAAGUUCUUCGUAAUGACAGUAGCUUGGCUUUGGAGAAAGAGGUCCUAGUGAAAGGCACUAGAAUCUUCAAAUUAUUUUAUGGAAAACAACAUCCAAGCUUAUGAAAACAUGGCAUGUGUGCCAAAUCAAGGAGGAUAAGGUCACAGAUCCUUGAUAAGUCAUGCUUGUAAAUAAAGAGCAUUUUACUA